CGCGUUUACCCGGAAGUAGUAGAGUCGACCCAGAUGUCUUACAUCCUGCGUAUUUGACAACACUCGCUACAUUCUCUUAUCGGAUCAAAACAACCAUGUAAUGUAGCGAUAUUCACGCCGCGGACGUGUUAGGCACACACCGAGUGUACAUUUUCGGGAAAAAUUGCGGGUGAAAAAGAAUAAAUACGUCGUUUUUCUUUUCCCCCCCCCCCCUAAUCGAUGGACAUUUUCAUUUCUGUUGAGCCGCACGUAUCGUUAUCGUGUUCCGACCCGUCGUUCCCGCAAUUGGGCAUGAUGGACACUUGACGUGUUUGCAAUACAAAUACGUCCAUAAUUUAAGAAAAGAAAAAAAAAAAACCGUGCCGCGGCCUGCGGACGGAGGGAAAUUUAACCUUCGGGCCUUGUGCUAUAGCUGUAUACAAUUUUAAAAAGGUGACAACAAUGAGCUUCUUCAGUUUCGGACAAAGUGCGGAGAUCGACGUGGUGCUCAACGACGCCGAGACGAGGAAGAAGGCAGAGCACAAAACAGAAGAUGGCAAGAAGGACAAAUAUUUUCUCUUCUACGACGGAGAGACCGUCAGCGGCAGAGUCAACGUCACGCUCAAGAGCCCCGGAAAGAGGCUGGAGCACCAGGGCAUCAAGAUUGAAUUUGUCGGACAGAUUGAGCUGUAUUACGACAGAGGGAAUCACCACGAAUUCGUUUCCCUGGUGAAAGACUUGGCGAGGCCCGGUGAGAUGACCCAGUCGCAGACAUUCGAUUUUGAGUUCACUCACGUGGAAAAGCCUUACGAGUCCUACACGGGCCAAAAUGUCAAACUCAGGUACUUCCUGCGUGCGACUGUGAUCCGAAGACUUAACGACAUCAGCAAAGAGUUGGACAUCGUGGUGCACACACUGAGCACGUAUCCCGAACUCAACUCCUCCAUUAAAAUGGAAGUCGGCAUCGAGGACUGUCUCCACAUUGAGUUUGAAUAUAAUAAAUCCAAAUACCACCUGAAAGACGUCAUUGUGGGCAAAAUCUACUUUCUGCUGGUGAGGAUUAAGAUAAAGCACAUGGAGAUCGACAUUAUUAAGCGGGAGACGACCGGCACGGGCCCCAGCGUGUAUCAUGAAAACGACACCAUCGCCAAGUAUGAGAUAAUGGAUGGAGCACCAGUCAGGGGCGAGUCAAUCCCCAUCCGGCUGUUCUUGGCGGGCUACGACAUGACUCCCACGAUGCGAGACAUUAAUAAGAAGUUCUCCGUACGCUACUACCUAAACCUGGUGCUGAUUGACGAGGAGGAGAGACGUUACUUUAAACAGCAGGAGAUCACGCUGUGGCGGAAAGGCGACGUGGUGAGGAAAAGCAUGUCCCACCAGGCCGCCAUCGCCUCCCAGCGCUACGAGGGCUCGGCCGCUUCGGAGAGCGCCUUGGAGCAGUGCGCCAAGGAGGAGGCCGGAUACGAGCCUCGCCUUCGAGCAGACCGGGGGUCCCCGUGAGGCAACUUCCUGUCUGAGGGAUGACGACGAAGGGAGACUAGACUGGACUCAUCCGUCCUAGCUUUGUUGUUUGUUUUGCUGGGAAUCAAACUAAAUCACCUCACGCGUUAUAAUUCCUCCGAUUUUCACGCUAACGCCAUUUUGUGUGUACUCUUAACGCUUUCAUUGAUUUAGUUUAUUUUAAACGAACAACAUUCCGGUUGGGAGCUCUGAAAUGUGAACGCACUCGAGUGUCGUCCAACGGGUGCGAAUGUGUAAAUAAGAGCGGUUCAAGGCGGCAUUCCAGCGGCUGCGACAUCCAAGUGUUAGUUUGGUUCGACACCUGCGUGUGUCCUCCUGCCACCGAACGUGAUUUUAAGUCUUUGAAAGUAGAGCUAUUUAGAUCUUUUUGCAAAGCGCUUAUGACUGAUUCAUUGUCCCCAAAUGGUCAAAUAAAUUGAUGCCAAAUUGGGGAGGAAAAAAAAAUGUCACACGUAUUUUUCCAUUGAAGUUUUAUCUGUCACCCCAAACAUUUUACAAUGAGUUAUUUCAGCCCAUCAAAGACUUACAGCGGUUCUUGGUCCUCCAAGCUCAAAACAAAGUCAAAUUGCUCUGCAGGGACGAUAAUAAAAAGUUGGCACCUACGCUGAUGCCAAACUUUAAAUGAUCUCAUCACUUACCAGAGGUGAGAGGCUGCACGGACAGCCUGGCCCUGGUGAAGAGCAUGACGUCCUUCAUAGGGCCACCUUUGGUCUUAUGUCGCUGGUGGUACUCUUUGAGCUCGGCUAAAGGAAGAAAACGCUUCAACAUUCUUUGGUACUGGACGUCCACCUAGGAGUCCAAAACAUCAGCAGCGUUGUCAUCAAUCCUACUUGUCAUGUCAUUGUGUAAGAAGUUUAGAAUUAUUCCAAGUGUUAAAAAGUUUUUUUUUUUUUUUUUAUUCAAUUGUUUAGAUUAUUUUUCUUACCAUGCUCCACUUUGGGUUGUCUGGCUUGCUGCUAGCAUCAUAAUGAACAUCUUUCUUAUCAAAUUGAGUGUGGUCAACAUAUGCUUCCUUCACUAUCUGUACAAAAAGAGGAAAUUACAUUCAAUAAAAAUGACAUUUGGUAAGUAGAACAA